UGAGGUCUACACUCGGAGACCUUCUCGAAGCCGGAAGUGGGGACGGAUUUUUCUCUCCAAUCUCUCGCAAUCUGUGCUCGGAUUUGAUGAUACUUCAUUGUGCACAGGCGUUGCGUUUGCAUCCCGUGGUGGGGUCCAUAACAGUGCCCAUUUAUUGGUGUCACUUUCCAUCUCGGAGCCAUCCGUGCCACAACCUCAAUCAGUUCGCUGGGUUGCAUUAUUAAGCUCCGACGACGUUUGCACAAAUCCUAAAUGGGGGUGUGUCUUGAGUGGCUUACGAUAUCUUUUUGCACCAUGGAAUCUGCUGUGCUGGUGCUUGUGGCAGCUCCUUUGAGGUUGUGAGGUGGGCCAUUUGUGAGGGCUGGCGUCUUCAAUCGUAAGUGGGUGUGUUAAUCAGGAUAUAAUUUGUCUUCUGAGACAUUCUGCACAGAGCGACUCUUGGAUUGGGGCAACGGAUAGCUAGAGUGAUCACUUGGAAGCGAGAGGCAAAUAUGGGGGUAGAAUAUCCAAGCCCCGAGGACGUGAUGGAAGAGCAGGAAGCCAACAAGCCAUUGUUGGUAGGACCGUCGUUCCAACAGUUCGAAACAAAUCCUAAAGAAUCCCGCAUAUCAGUCAAUCCAGAAGCUUCAGGCUCGGGGGGAUUUGGUUUCAAAUAUGAACCGAGACCAUACCGUGACAAAUUCUUCUCUUACCUCUUCGUCGCUACAGUCCUCGUGACUUACAUUUUUGGGUUCUUGGCAAUAAAAAACGCGGAGUCGGAAAGCGCGAUAGAGGCCAAGGUGCAGUUCGCAAGGUACGAUCCCGACUCUGGUCAGUGCAAGCCCAUUCAGCAUGCCUAUGUGGGCUCUACCCCAAUCCAUGUCAGUCCCUCACACGGGCGGAGAGCGUACGAGAAGGAUGCCGAUCCGGUCAAUGCGGCAGCUAUCCUCGUCCCAGUCAUCGGAACUUUGGCCCUAAUUCUACCCGUGAGUUUGGGCGUGUUUUGGCUCCUUCGUUACCACACUCGGCAACUUGUUACGGCCAUCCUCUGCCUCCUGUGUAUCAUUCCAAUUUCUGUAGCAGUCUUGGCCUCUACCGUUUGUUUACUUUCCAAGGACGUGUGCUCACAAGCUCCAGUUUCAUGGAUCAUCACUUCCGUCGUGUUGGGUUUUCUGGCCCUUCUUAUGCUCCUUCAAUUCUUUGGGAUGUUAAAACGAAGGAGCCGCGUCGAUCUCGCGAUUCAGAUCAUUCAGACGGCCACAGAAGCCCUCAAGCACAACCUGUAUCUACUGCUGGUGGGCCCGAUCUUGAGCUUGGUUGUAGUCUUGAUCAGUGGGCCGAUGGCCGUCUUUAUAUGGUACGCUAUCUUCAUUGGCAAAGUUUCGCCAAAUUUUGAUGCGAUUAGGGAUCCUGCCAAUAUGUGCGACCAAGCCACUGGAGCCCCAUGCUGCGAGUAUCAACCAGCGGGAUUUGUUUUUGCAUAUAUCAUGCUCGUAGGUAUUGCUGUGACUUGGGUGGUGAUGGUGGCGAGCCAAGUAAAAGUUCUCGUGGUCACUGGCACCAUAGCUCAGUGGUACUUUGCACCUGCUGGCUCUUCUACCGUAGGUAGCACGAAGCGUUCAUUGAGGAAUGCAUUGGGUCCAUCUUUUGGAACAGCCUGUCUUUCAAGCUUGAUUAUCACAAUCAUGGCAAUGUUGAGGAGCCUGACCAACACCGAAGCCGGCAAGCUCGGAUCAAGUAUUCUCGCGUGCUUCAUUCGGGCUUGUUUUUCAUGGUUGUUCCAGAUAGUGGAGAGCUUCACCCUCUUCACGAAUAAUUUUGCUGCAAUUUCAGGAGACAGCUUCUGCACCUCUGCACGAGCUACAUUAAACUUAUUGCGAAGAAAUUUUCUUUCCACGGUCAUGGUUGAGAUCAUGGCACAGACUGUACUCUCUGGGAUAGUACUUACAACCGCAUUCAUAAACUUCGGAGUGGUUUUGGGAUCGAUGUACUACUUCACCUCCGCAGGCCCAACUUAUAGCUUGCUGAUAGCAAACGCGUGCUUCAUCAUAUGGCUGUUGGGCCUGGGGCUAACAAUUCAUGUCCUAUCUCAUGUGGUGAAUACGGUGUACAUCUGCUAUGCAAUGGACAAGGAUGUUGGAGCAGUCACAAAGCCGGAGGUUCACGACGUUUACAUGCUACUCCCACCAGCAUCUCCCGGGGACAAUGCAAUGCUGGCAGUGCAGCAGCAACCCCAUUCAGAGCCAUGAACGAUUCCUCACUAAGUGAGCAAUCCUCUGCAGUUGAAUGAUAAGUUGUAAGCCUGUUUGGCAGCUUCGAAUUUUAACGCUAACCUUGGGCCGUAAGGGAACUUCGCCCAGUUUGUUUGCUAGGUUAGCUUUGCAGAAGCGUGCAUGUAUUGUAGGAGAUAAAAGGUUAUGGUAUCGACUAUGUGAGCUUCCAAAUGACCGAAAGAAGGUCGCAGUUAGGAAUACAAUGUACAAAUAUGAUGUAUAAUGCAGUCACUACAUAAACUUCGCAGCUCAUUUCCAGUUA